AUGACAUCUUACCCAUCCUCUAAAAAUUUAAUAACAGGAAAAGCUGCACUAAGUGAAAGCGAAGAUGAGGAUAACAGUUAUGACCCAGAGUCAUCUAUUGAACCGAAUCAUGUGGAAAUUUUAAUGUCUUUUAAGAAAAGAUAUACCAACAAACAUUUUUCAUACAUUAGAACUCUAGUGUGUAAAUUAAUUAACGGAGAAACCUUUACAACGUUAGCUCAAAAGAGACAGAAUGCAGAGUACUUCUAUCGAAUUGAUGAUAUUUCUCUUGGAAGAGCAAAAUAUGCAAUUCCUGUGGUGAAUGAAAAAGAUUUUAGCAAAUUCACAAGUUUUGAAUAUUCCAAUACAACAGAUUUUGGUGAAGGAAUUUCUAAGGAGACAAAAGAAAAUUGCGGAAAAGGUUGUAAAUGUUUGCAGCUUCAAAGAGAUUAUAGAUUUGAUUCAAAUAACCAAUCUGAAAAAUUCCAAUCCGUGCGUCGUGGAGAUGACGUUUACUAUGACGAGAACAAACGCUUAAAAGACACGAAUACUAAAUAUAUUAUUGUGGAAUGCAACAGUGAGUGUUCGUGCCCAGACACAUGCCCUAAUCGAGUUGUUCAAAAAGGAUCUGACGUUAAGGUCACUAUUUUCAAAACCAAUCGCACAGGUUGGGGUCUCAGAGCUGCCCAAAAGUUGCAUCGAGGACAAUUUGUUGAAAUUUAUGCUGGAGAAUUAAUUUCAGAUGAGGUGGGAGAGAUGCGAGGUCGCUAUUAUGAUAGGAAAGGAUUAAGUUAUUUAUUUGAUGUUUCUCAUGGAGAUGUUGUAUGUGAUUUCACAGUUGAUUCUACCUACAAGGGAAAUGUGACUCGGUUCUUGAAUCAUUCAUGUGAUGGCAAUUUGCAGCAGUACUUGGUUUGCAGUGAAAUAAGGGACUCAAGAUAUGGUACAAUCGCCUUCUUUUGUAAGAGAAACAUUGAAGUAGGUGAAGAAUUGACUUUUGACUACCAUUAUGUCUGUGAAAAGCAAGUGAGAUGUCUGUGUGGAAGUAAGAAUUGCAAGCAGUGGCUUCGGUAA